GGCGAUGCGAAAACAGUCAUUUGCUGUCCGCCCGCCGUAUACCCGGCUUGGCAUAGUGGUCAUUAAAUAUCGUAUAUCGUAUUGGAAUAGUUGAGAAAAUUCUCAGUAAAUAGAAAUCAUGCGGCGUCUAACUUAUGGAUUCUUGUUACUUAAUGUACUUAUUUACACGAAAGCAAUAGACAUAUAUUAUGAUGAAGAGUUAGCUAAUGUUGAAGAGGAACCUUCCAGCGCAGUAAACAACAUUGAGAAUAACGCAAAUCUCCCAAGCUUUAGAAACGCGCAUAUACUUUGGCCAUAUCCUUUUAACAACAAAAGUGAUCCCACUAAGGUUAAUGAGACAUCUGAAGCAGCGGAUAUGAGACUCCAUCUAUCUAAACUCAAGAGCCAAAAUAGAAAAGCACGUUUCGGUUACUGGUCUUACCCUCAAAGUCCGAUAGUGGAUAUGAUGUUACAAACCGUAGCGGUAAAUUACUCUCCCACGAAUGCAAAUGAUCCCUUUGAUUUUUUGCGAGACUCGUAUCCAUUGCCGAAAGGUAUAAAUCAACCAUUUGAAGAAUAUGAUUAUGUCAUAGUAGGGGCAGGCUCCUCUGGUUCGGUUUUAGCAUCUCGCUUAACCGAAGAUAAACCUCGAGCAACUGUUCUUUUGCUGGAAGCUGGAAGACCAGAAAUGUUGAUCUCUGAUAUACCAUUUUUGACUCAAUACCUUCAACAAACAGAUUAUGUAUGGCCCUACGCAAUGGAACAUCAACCUGGAGUGUGUUUAGGUAGUGAAGAACAACGCUGCUACAUGCCACGUGGUAAGGCCGUCGGUGGAUCCAGUGUUACGAACAGCAUGGUAUACACAAGGGGCAGGCCACAAGACUGGGACCGAAUUGCUGCAGAUGGGAAUUAUGGAUGGUCAUACAAUGAAGUUCUACCAUUCUUCAUCAAAUCUGAGAGGGCUGACUUGAAAAAAUAUAAAAAUAUGCCAUACCAUGGUCGUGAUGGAGAGCUUGUUGUUGAAAAUGUUCCUUUCAAGACUGGCCUUGUCGAAGCUUUUCUUGCAGCUGGGAGAGAUUUUGGACACCCCACAAUAGAUUAUAAUGAUCCAGAUCAAUUGGGUUUUGGUUAUGUUCAAACCGUAUCUAAUAAAGGUCACAGGUUGAGUGCUGCAAAGGCUUUCCUUCAUCAACAUAAACGCCGCAAAAAUUUACACAUCCUAACCGAAGCUAGAGCUACCAAAGUUCUAAUAGAUUCAGAAUCCAAAAAAGCUUAUGCAGUCGAAUAUAUAAAAAAUAAUUUAAAACGCACCGUUCAUUGCAGAAGAGAAAUUAUUCUUUCAGCAGGGCCUAUUGGCUCCCCUCAAUUACUAAUGCUCUCAGGAAUAGGACCUCAGGAACAUUUGCAAACGCUAGGCAUACCAGUGAUUGCAGAUAUAAAAGUAGGACGCAGCAUGUAUGACCAUGUCAGCUUCCCUGGUGUUGUUUUUAAGCUUAACAGUACUAAUGCGAGCUUAUUAGAACCUAAGGUUGCAACUCUGCCUAACUUAAUGCAGUGGUUGCAGUUUGGUGACGGUCUCUUGGCCACGCCUGGAGGAGUAGAAGCCAUUGGAUACUUAAAAACUUCUCUUUCUGAAGAAUCCAUACCAGAUAUAGAAUUAGCAAGUAUUGGUGGUUCCCUUACCUUAGACGCUGGUGGUGCAAUCCGAAAAAGUUGGAAAAUUAAUGAUAAAACCUAUUUUAAUGCUUUCGGAUCAUUAAGUGGAGCCGAUACAUGGCAAGCUAUACCGACACUUUUGCAACCAAAAUCAAAAGGCUUUUUGGAAUUGAGAGAUACGAGUCCAUUUUCGCAUCCGAAAUUAUUUGGUAAUUAUUUAAGUGAUCCUAGAGACUUGGCCACUUUAAAAGAAGCAGUUAAGUACAUAAUUAAGUUAGGUGAAUCACAGCCAUUUAGAAAAUAUGAUGCAUCAUUAUACUUGGCCCCAUAUCCGUCUUGCUCUGCACAUCCAGUAGGAUCGGAGCAAUACUGGGAAUGUGCUAUUAGAACAAUGAUCGUAUCCGCUCGGGAUCCAAUAUCUACGUGUAAAAUGGGCCCUCAAACAGAUCCAGAUGCGAUAGUAGAUCCAGAAUUGAGGGUAUAUGGCGUAGAUAGAUUAAGAAUAGUGGAUGCUAGUAUUAUACCUCAUCCUCUCAGUGGGCGAUCGAAUGCUGCAGAAAUUAUGAUUGGUGAAAAGGCAGCAAACAUGAUAAGAAAUACUUGGUCAAAUGCGAUUGUUUAAUAUUUAUU